UCGUCGUGGCGGUUGGACCUGGCCAUCGGUAUCGUAUCGUAUCGGCCCUCAACUACCUGUCCGUUGCAGUUAACGAGUCGUUCGUCGUCGUCGUCAUCGUCAUCGCUAUUCGCGGUUUACGUACGCGUUUCUGAUUUUGGUGGAUUUCUCUUGAACGAAGGCAGCAUACUUUUUUUUGGGAGAAGUGGUAGAAAGUCCACAGAAAUACACAUUCGUCUACCCGAUUGAACGAAGAGAAUGUCCAUACCGAUCGACCCGCUGUGUUGAAGUGCUGUGUGCUGCGUCCCAGCAGUGGAAACGAUAAUGAGCGGAAAAAUCAGCUGUUGGUCCAUCGGCAGCAGCAGCUCGGUUCAACGCUAAAGCGACAACCGCGAAAAUUCAUUCGAAAACCGGUUCCGCCAUGUCAUAAUGAGCUGUCGGUUCGCGUGUGCCGUGGGGUGAUUUGAGGAAGCUGUCGAUUGGGAAAACCGGGCUUCUCGCACAUCGGGAGGCAACAAGAAGAAAAAGUGUGAAAAUUAAUUCGAUCCAUACUAUCCGUCGUACAUCGUAAUCAACAUACCACCAUACCCGUCGGUAUCGUUAGUCGUCCCGUGCUUCCGCAACUGCAGCUCGGGUGUGUGCGGAUAAAACACACCUCCCAGAGAAACCACCGCAGAUCAUCGAUUGUGUUGUGGCUUUUUGUUUUCACGUGUGUAAAGAGAAAUGCAAUAAAAUAUAAACAUGCGCGUGACUUCCUCGAUCGCGUGAGAGAGAUCUUCUGUAGCCCCCCGACCCGGACUGCAUUUGCCUGAGUUGUGUAUUUGCCGUUGUUUUGUUUUGUGCACACAUCAAACAUCCGGAAGUGCAGUGCAGCAGCGGCGGCCGGCGUCGGCGAUGAAAAAGAAAACCAGUAGCGUGUUCGAGCUGCCGCCCAAGUGUCCGGCCCUGGCGGAUAAAAUUACCGGCAUCUUCGGCUGGCGGCACACCUACCGGGUCUCGCAGAAGCAGAAGGGCAUCCCGCACUGUCACCAGUAUCUGCACAAAACGUACUCGCUGAACCUGCCGCGGAAGACGAAUCCCGAUUCGUGGGUCGUGGUGCACCAUCUUCAGUCACAGUCCGGCAUCCUUGAUCCGGAUGAUCACAUCGGCGACGUAGCGGACGACCGGGAGGAAAUCAUAGCCAACUACGAUGACUGUCCCGGGGGUCCGGAUCCGGGAGUGCCACAGGGAGGAGGUGAUGGUGCUAGUGGCAGCUCGGUGGGGACCGGCAGUCCCGACAUAUUUCGUUCCGAGCCGGGCAAGUACGGGCCGGAAAGUUCAACGCCUCACAUUGAGGUCACCUCAACGGAGCAACCGCCGAUGGGACUGGGCCUGCAGGUCCGACGCGGUAGCGAGCCAUCUCUACACCAGAUUGGUGUAACGGACCAGCGAAGUCCCCUGUACAACGUCAGUCCCAAUGGGCACCAGGACACAAAACGGUGGUCGGCGGCACCGGUCUGCCGGAGCGAUUCGGAACCGCCGGAACGGUUACUUUCCCCCUCGAACGGGGUGCCGUACCUAUCGCCGGAGUGGAGUGCCCUCCCGGAAGAAGAAUCUCACGACAGUCUACCGCAGCAGUUCUCCCGAUCGGGGCGGCUGUCGAUGCAAUUUCUCGGCGCCGAAGCCGCCAACGGGUACCGAUGGAUGGACGCGGCAGAACGGGUGGCCACCAAUGCGACGGGGGCCUACAAUGGGACCAGCGCGAACAGUAGUUUCAGCUCCAAGUCGCUCCCGAGGGAAUCGAAGCGGAAGGAACCCCUCGGGCAAGCGAAUGCUUCCGUGUACGAGUCACUGCGGGAAAAGGAUGGUGAAAUGCUCCUGGUGGUGAACGAAAACGGCGGUCCCCUGGGUCUGACGGCACUGCCGGACCCGGACUACGGUGGACUGCUGGUGCAGAGCGUGGAACCGGGCAGCCGGGCCGAUCGGGGCCGGUUGCGCCGCGGUGAUCGCAUCCUCGAAAUCAACAACAUCAAGCUGGUGGGGCUCUCGGAGAACUCCGUGCAGGAACAUCUCAGGAAGAGCCUUUCAUCGCCGGAGCUGCGGUUGCGGGUCAUCCGGGCCGGGGUCGGAACCAAAUACAAGCGGGACAACCGGGUCUCGCAGAUGAUCGAAGCGGAGGAGAAGCCCGGCGCUACCGGUGGUUCCAAAGUGGCCACGGUUUCCCCAACGAGGAAGGUUCCCGGUGCGCCUACCGGGAUCAGCUUGCAGGCGGCCAACACGCGGAAGCUGGGCAAACGGAUCGAGAUUUCCCUAAAGAAGGGAAUGAACGGGCUUGGGUUUUCGGUUACGACCCGGGACAAUCAGGCCGGCGGUCAAUGUCCGAUCUACAUCAAGAAUAUUCUAUCCAAAGGUGCCGCUGUAGAGGACGGUAGACUGAAACCAGGCGACCGGUUACUGGAGGUAGACGGAGUUCCAAUGACCGGCAAGUCGCAGAGCGAAGUUGUCGCGAUUCUUCGGGCGACGGAAUACGGUGCUACCGUACGGAUUGUUGUCUCGCGACAGCAGGAGUUGGCCGAAGUCGAGGAACGAGAAAUUGGCUGUGGCGUGGAAAGCGAGCAGAAGAGUACUCCACCUAAGCCUCCUCCACCGGUGCUUCCAAAGUCGUCACUCAAGCAGGGGAGUCGGGCUAGAUCCGAGGAGAUUCUGGAUACACACGAUUCGUCCUCGGUGACCAAUGUUAGAUCAACAGUUUCAAAGAAUCCUUCAUCUGUGCCACCUCCGAUUCAGAAGAAACCUCUGACGUCGAUUCUCAAGUCCGCGUCAACUAAUCAGGUGUGCGACCUUUUGCAAGAUCAACCAUCGUCUCUGCAGCAGGCAUCCUUGCUGGCGGGAGCUGCAGGAAUACAGUGGAAGAAUCGGGAGAUUCUGACGCUGCACAUUCCUGUUCACGACACGGAGAAGGCAGGGCUGGGUGUCAGUGUGAAAGGUAAAACUGGAUCUGGGAACAGCAGCGGCGGAAGCGGAAAUAGCGCCGGUAAGCACGAUGGUGAUUUGGGGAUCUUCGUAAAGAGUGUGCUGCACGGAGGGGCGGCCAGCAGAGAUGGACGACUGAAAAUGAACGACCAACUGUUGAGCGUCAAUGGGGUUUCCCUUCUAGGGCAGUCCAACGCCGAAGCCAUGGAUACGCUGAGGAGAGCGAUGCUACAGACAGGUGGUACCAAUCAUCCGGGAAAAAUCAUUCUGAUGGUGGCGCGCCGCAUUGGCCGACCGGUCAGUACAGGCGAAUUGCUGGAAUCGAUCGAUAACUCAAACUCCAGUGAGCAAUCCGGGGCAACGGUGAUCUAUCUCAGUCCCGAUAAACAGCAAUCUCAGCAGCAACAGCCGCCCAACGAAAAGCAACAGCAACAACACAAACGUUACAGCAAUCCGGUGCUGGAUCGGUUGACGGGUGGAACCGGUCAAACCGUCGGAAGCAACGGAAGUCUGAAUCACCAUCCCACAAGUGCCAGCGGUAGUCCAACUAUCAACCAAAGACCUUCUCCUCUAGCGGGCCAUGGCCUGCGCAACGAAAGCUACUACAUGGCGACCAACGACACCUGGAGCCCGGUGGCAGUAAAUCUGAACGGCAGCAACGCCGUACUCAUCGAAGAAGAUCCGGAACCCACUUCACCAACAUUCCACCUGACGCGUCCUUCGGACGCUUCUAACACAACGUCUACUCCGAAUGGUGAUGUAACGUACGCAAGUCAGCUAUCGCUAGACACGAACCCUCCCGCUCCGGACGCCUUCAGCCGGGACGCUAUCGGCAGGCGAUCGAUGUCGGAGAAGCACCACGCUGCGAUGGAUGCCCGGGAAACGGGCACCUAUCAGCGCAACAAAAAACUUCGCGAAGAACGUGAACGGGAACGGCAGCUUACUUCGGGUGUCACGCUCGGCUCCGUAGAAUCCAUCACCCAGAUGGGUCGGAUGAGUAGCCUGAAGGCUAAGUCUGAUUUGCGAGCGGAAGCUCUGGACCGGUUGGGAGAACUGGGUCCCUCGUUGGGAAUGAAGAAGUCGUCCAGCUUGGAGUCGUUGCAAACCAUGGUGCAGGAGAUUCAGAUGGCCGAUGAACCGAGAGGACCGAAUGCCCUUCGAACGCCUCGUGGUCGGGGACGAGAGGAGGUUCUUAGGGCGGCCGUCGAACGACCACCGGAGACUCAAGCCAAAAAGCAUUGGCUGCUAGAGGACGCCGCUCCGGAUGCGGAUUCCGGAGGGUUCGUCCCUCGUGGUUCACCCUUCCAGUCGUCGCUAAACGAUGGCAAGCACAAGAAUCGACAGAAGAAAAAUGGUCUGUUCCGAGGAAUCGGUCACAUGUUCCGGUUCGGUAAGCACCGAAAGGACGGAAUCGCUCCGAUCAGUGAUAACGUUCCGGCGGACUAUACUGCCAGCUGGGGCGGUGCACCCGGCGAGGAGCGUCCGCUGACGAAUGGUGCCGCUUCGCAUCAGAAGGGCCAGACCCUGACGGUGAAGCAAAGCAGUUCGAAGGGUUCCGCUACGAAUGGUCCAUCUGCGCUGGGCGGCAGUGGGCUCACGAAUGGAUCAUCAGCCCAUGCCCGAGCCAAUUCCAUCGAGCGCUCGGCCAGUUCCGGUGUGGUGGUAAGUCAUCCGCCCAUGUAUCAACCUCCUCCGCCCCCACCGCAGCAAAACGGAUCCGCCAUCCAUCAUACGGACGUGUUCAACCAUCGGUAUUCGCACUACGUCAACUACGAGGAACUGCAGCAGCAGAUUAGUCGACGUCAUCAUCAUUAUCAUUCCCAAAGAUCGACCAGAAACACUCCUCCGGUGGACCUCGCCAUCCAUCAUCAGCAGCAGCACCAGAAACUGAAGCAACCGCGGCCCGUUUCCAACUACUACGAUGGCGGCGGAGCCAUGUACGAAACCAUCCAGCACCACAACGGCCUCGGGGGUUCCCAGCGGAAAACCAGUCAACCCUCGUCCCCAUCGAAACAGCUACAGCAGCAGCAAUCGUCGGGCAGCUGGAACGGAACCGCUCAGUCGACGUCUUCCGGUCACGGUUCGAUUCGGAGUCGAGGACCCUUCGUGACUCAGGUGCAAAUUCAGAAUCAGCUUUCCUAUCAGUAGCGAAGGAGCUGUUCUCUAGAGGCAAAAAUUACAAAUCGGAAACUGGCAUCAUUCCCAGUGUUGUCAGUUGUCUCGACGAGCGAACAUCGCCUCAGUAGGAAUAUCUAAAACACGAAACGUUCUGUGAUGUUGCAACGUCUCAUUCACGAAAGUAUCUAAGCCAUUAUCCGUCGUUUAUUUCUUGUAUUAUUGGUCGUGUAGAAAGUUAGGUUACGUUAAACUUUUGCGUAAGUAAUUUCCACUCGAUUAAAAAAAUGAUGUUUUAGAUCAUUUUUUUAGUUACCACUAGUGCCCUAAGUAUCCAUUCUAAAAUCUACAUAUCUUUUUAAUCGAAACGAACAAAAUCCUAAUCAAGAUUUUUCUCUAAGAUUAUUCUGUUAUGAAUCUAUUGAGCAUUAAGGUUUUCGCGGAAAAUCGCAGAACAGUUAACGAUGCUUAUUGUUUUAACGAGAAACGUUUAUACACCCUUAACUAUGUAUAAUUCCUUAUUAGUUACGAAAUUGGAUAACCCGCACUUGUAAAUUAUGCGCAGCUUGUAAAUAUUUAUUAAAAACACGCGAAACAAAAAGUGCUUUAUUGUUAACGAAAAAUUUAAAAAUUUAAACGAAAGUUCUCACCCGGUGAGAGCAUUUCCAACUGUAAAUAUAGAUUAACAUGCUUCCAAUUGUUUAUUGGGAUUCAAUCGAUUCUCGUACAUCGUUACGCAAAGGCAUCGCAGUUCGCGAGCGCCCCUUGUGCAUUCCAUUACGAUUUCUGACAUACUUAAAGGUACUUAACUCAGUUCGCACCCGCACCAAUAAAACGUUAGGAAUAUUAAUAGUCUGUUAAUGAUCGUAAAACAUGUGCUGUGCUGCCGCGGCGGCUGUCUACUUAAUUAGUUGCCUUAUACAUUGGCGAAACAGAUGCAAGUCUAAAAUAUUAACAUUUAUAUUAUAUAGAUGAAAAAGAAAGUAUAUUAAAGAGACGAUGUAUUGUAAAUUGUUAUACCAACGAACUCAUCUACUGCUACUGGAUCGAAGAAUCUAUAUGAAGUAUUAUAGAAGCGAAGAAAAAGCAUAAAAGUAACUUCAGUGAUUGAUA